AGGCAGCUUCCACCACUGACCAUGGACUGGCUCAUUUUCCUAUUCAUCUCCUUCUUUCUCUUGAUUUCCAUCCAUGGUUUCUUUCACCUCCGUAAUCACUUCAACCCACCCAGCAAAAUAUUCCCACCAGGCCCAACUGGUCUCCCUAUCCUCGGCAAUCUCCUCCAACUGGGAGACAGACCCCAUGAAUCCCUAACCCAACUAGCUACUAUCCAUGGCCCUCUCAUGACCGUUCACCUGGGCUUCGUCACCACCAUCGUUGCCUCUUCCGUGAACACUGUAAAAGAAAUCUUACAAACCCAUGACCAAGCCUUCAUGGGUCGAUCUAUACCUAACGCUGCAACUGCAGAAACCGGUUAUGAAUUCUCCAUUACUUGGCUUUCUGGUGGCCCUCGUUGGAGAAACCUCAGAAAGCUUUGUAAUACCCAGAUCUUCACUACACAGAGACUCAAUUCGAUGCAAACACUAAGGUUGCAGAUGAUGGAAGAGAUGGUUAAGAAUGUUGUGGAGAUCUGUGAAAGUGGAGAUGGUGUCAAUGUUGGGAGGAUAAUUUUUGGUACUACCUUGAAUUUGUUGUCUAAUACUUUCUUCUCUUUUGAUAUGAUUGAUCAGAAAUCUACGAAGGUGGAAGAGAUUAAAGAUGUUAUUUGGAGGAUUAUGGAUCUUGCAGGGAAACCCAAUGUUGCAGAUUAUUUUCCUAUGUUUAGGGCAUUUGAUCCGCAAGGGAUAAGGAUGGAAAUUAAGGUUUGUUAUGAUAGGCUCCAUUCUUUGCUUGAUGAUGUUAUCCAUGGUCGUGUGCAACGUAGAGCUUCCGGGUCAGUGAGAUCGGGUGAUUUCCUUGAUGUUCUUCUUGAUUAUAGCCAUGAACAUGGCGAUGACUUUACUCUCCGGGACAUCAAGCUUUUGCUCUCGGCACUGUUCAUAGGAGGAACAGAUACAACCACAACAACAUUGGAGUGGACAAUGGCAGAGCUGCUUCACAACCCAACCCCAAUGUCAAUUGCACAACGCGAGCUCUCUGAAACAAUCGGUGCAGGUCGAAGCAUCAAAGAAGCAGACUUCCAUAACCUCCCAUAUACGAAAGCAGCACUAAAAGAGUCCAUGCGCCUACAUCCUACAGUACCAUUACUCUUACCUCACAAAGCAUUAACUGACGUAGAUCUCUACAACUUCCACAUACCAAAGCAUACUCAAGUGCUCAUAAAUGUAUAUGCCAUAGCAAGAGACCCUUCUUAUUGGGUUAACCCGAACCGUUUCUUACCAGAUAGGUUCUUAGGAUCCGAAAUAGACUUUAGAGGGAAUCACUUAUGUUUCAUUCCCUUUGGUGCGGGGCGGAGAAUGUGCCCAGGACUGCCACUUGCAGAGAGGAUGCUGGAGAUGAUGUUAGCUACAUUACUAAAUCGUUUCCAUUGGAAGCUUCCUAAAGGAAUGGCACCAGAGGAGAUGGACAUGAAGGACAAGUUGGGGAUUUCGCUCCAUAAAGCCACACCAUUGAUUGCAGUUCCAGUACUUGUCAAUGUUGAUAAUUCAGAACCAGAUAAGAAUUAGUUGGACAAGGAUUAUGUGGUAUC